AACCAGAUAGAAAUACGUCUUAAGCCCACAAACUUUUUCAGAUGGGCAACAGUAUCUUCAUCAGGUUCAAAACGCAAAACAAAAAGGUUUCCAAUGAGUCUUCAUGAGGACUUCAUUCUUUUCUACGUGCUCAGGUCAGCCAGAUGAACACACACAUAACAGCCCACAAAGCCAAGAUAAGGCAUCAGUGGUUCUUCCUUAUCCUGUGCUUUCAUUUGGUCUAUGCUGGUGUACCAGGCCCAUGUAAGCACUCUGUCACCCAGGGCCAUCUCCUGAAUUUGAGACGCCUGAUUAAAAACCAGCUGCAAAAUGGUUGUUUAAUAACAUACAGUUUCACUGAACAUCAAAACCUGAGUGUUGUUUGUUACAUAAAAGCAGCCUUCCCUCACAUACUGGAUCUACUCAACACACAGUUCAGAUAUGACAAAGACUCUGACAAUUAUCGUUACACGAAUUCACUGAAGAACGUCAUCUACAACUUAUACUCUCAGGGAUGCGUACCUUCAAUCAAUGAAGAGAUCGAGAACAGCCCUGCAAAGUUUGUAAAAAUCCACAUGACCUUGGCCAAGGCAGCUUUGGUAAAAACUGAGGAGGUGAUUCGCAUGUACAUGGAUCUGAUGACUAGGAGUGAUGAUCCUGUAAACUGGAACUGUGAUGAGGAGUACACAGAAGAUUACCCAGAAUCCACUGCUGAACCGCUUGACCAAUCCCCAGGGGUCUCAGAAUGUCCGUGCACAUGCCCAGCAGCGAUCAGUGCACCAUCUAAGAUGCUCUUUUCCACAAACCAAUGGAACAUUUACCUAAAACCUACACCAUUACCACAAAGAUCGUCCGGGAGAACUAAACAACUUCACAAGACUGAAGUAAAACACCGAGGAGCAAAAUCAAAUCCAGGUCCUACACUUUCUUCACGGACAACUUCUACAUUAAAACCAACAGUGGGAGAUUUACAAAGCUUCCUCUUGGACAGCGUUCUGAAUUCAAUGGACAAAACCUCAAAUUCUGUUUCAAAGAUGGAGCAAACAUUGGGUGUUUCCCCUUCUCUCGCGAAGUCAAAGGAAUUAACUGAUUUCUCGCCUGGAGGAACUAAUUUAAGUCUUCAGUCCACCUUGCCUGGCCCCAAUGGAGGAGACACGGGAGAAAGCAUUCAGAACAAUGUGGAGAGAAGCACCGCCAUUUUACUUGCCAAGAGGUCUUUAGAUUCAAAAAGCCAAAAAGUAUCAUCGGAUUCCCACAACUUGCUCCAGACUUGGGUUACCGCAACAUCUCGCCCAAAAGUUGAAUUAAAAACUGCAGCGAUAGAAGUGGCUCUUGUUGCAAAAGAGAAACCUUUUCAAAAUCUCCAAAUGAGCAAACACAUGGUACCAGUCACAAGCACAAUUUUGAAAACAGCAGUGCAUUUAUCAAAACAUUUGACCACCCCGGUUGAACAACUGGUUCAUCUAAACAGUCCUCCUGAAAACUUCCAAACACACACCCAAACAUUGGCGAAGGAGCCAAAACAUUUUAUAAAAUCUCCUGAAACAAAAGACAUCAGAUCUCAGGAGGACAUGCAGGAGAUCCACACUCCAGUAGAUCAACAAGAUAAAGGAACACAGAGGAACUCUACCAUGACAGAAACCAGCAGUACAAUCCUCUUUUUUGCCUCUGCCCUCAUAAUUACAUUAGUGUGUAGUGGAGUUUUGCUUAUAACUGUGCUAUUUUACAGACAGCAAAAAGUAAGUUACCAAAUAUGCCUCUUUGUACUAAAACAAAACAACAUCUCAAAUGUACCAAUCAAACUGGAAGUGCUAGAAUAGAAACAUAAGUUGUGAAAAUGGGUAAAACUAUUUAUUCAAGGCAGAAUGUAUGAAACUGAACUGCAUACAGGACCUCAAUGCUCAAAAGAUGUCUAAAAUCAGGAUUAAGUACUUGAACACAGAGGAUGAAUGAUCUCAUAAGUGGUCCUUUGCCAUGAUUUAAUAUGUAUUAAUAUAUGGACAUAUUUUAAGCAUCCUUGCACAAUUGUUUCAUUUAUAUUCUCAUAAAAUCUUGAAAACGUAAAAGGGUAUAUAAACAAAGAGAAAGACGGGAGGAAAAUCUUAAUUUUCUUCCAUGAAAAAUUUGGUGUUUUGUCUUAAUAUUAAAAAAUAUUAGGAGCGAGAAUAUAAAAAUACAUAUACCGUUCAUACCGAAAGCCAUGUUAUAAGCUCCGUCUUACAUCAUAAGCAAAUAUUUACGUAAUGUUUUAAUUGGCAAAUACUACUUAAACGACUUUAACAACAAUACAUUUUGCUCAGUCCCAAAAAAGGAAUCGUAAAAGCAACCAAAGUCUGAGUUUUUAGAAUGCCUAGC